AUGGCGGAAAUUGACAAUAAAAAUUCUUUUGCCGAAGAGGCCAAGCCAGUCCCUCAAUACGAUGUGUCCAAUGAUCAAGAUUUCCUACACAUAGUAGAGAAAGAUGUUCUUCAAGAGAGAGAGAUCGGGGUUUUUGGGGCGGUAUCACUCAUAGUGAAUAAGAUUAUUGGAGCUGGGAUUUUCUCCACGCCUUCAACGAUAUUCAAACUCAGCGGUAGUGUUGGAAUGUCUCUGAUCCUUUGGCUUAUUGCGGGCUUUAUAUCAACUUGUGGUGCUAUGGUGAUGCUCGAGUUUGGAUCAGCAAUCCCAAGGUCCGGGGGUAUCAAGGUCUACCUGGAGCGUUCAUUCUCGCCAAAACUGCUUCAGACUUGUGUUUAUCUUUUCUAUUGCGUGUUCCUCCAGGUAUCGGCUAGUAAUGCCUACACGUUUUCAUCCUAUCUACUUCUCGCGGCUGGCGUAGACCAAACUACUUGGAAAACCCGGGGAGUCGCCUGCGCUGCGGCUGUGUUCGCUGUCGGUAUUCACACGGUCGCCCCAAGAAUUGGACGAGGUCUUCAAGAUAUACUCAGUCUAGUGAAGCUAUUUACUCUACUUUUCAUUGUCUGCACUGGUUUUGCUGCUCUGGCAGGCCAUUUGAAAAUUGACAACCCUCAGAACUUUGCCAUCUCGACCUCCUUUAAAGGAACAUCUAACAAUGGAUACAAUAUUGGAACAGCGCUGCUGAAUGCUAUUUUCGCAUUUCAAGGAUAUGACAAUGUCAAUGCGGUUCUAUCUGAAGUCAGGAAUCCAAAGAAGACUCUGAAGAUUGCUCUCCCAUCCGCCAUGGCUGCCAUUACUGUACUUUACUUGCUUGCAAACAUAGCAUAUUUUGCAGCCGUGCCCAAAGAAGAGUUUAUCUCUUCUAAGAUUACAAUUGCUGCUUCUCUCUUUGAGAACGUUUUUGGCCAUUCAGCAGCUACAAAAGCUCUUCCAGCACUUGUGGCCAUUUCUGCAUUGGGCCACCUUCUCGGAAUUGCCUUCACAGUCCCCCGUCUGAUUCAGGAACUCGCCAAGGAUGGUGUAACUCCGUUUCCUGACAUAAUAAUGCAGAAUCGACCAUUCAGGACUCCCAUCUUCGGUCUUGCCAUCCACUUAGGCGUUACAAUCCUCUUCAUUUGCGCCCCACCUGCAGGUGACGCUUUCAAUUUCAUCGUCAGCUUGUCUUCAUACCCUACAACCUUCCUUCUGACUGUCAUCACCUUCGGAUUGGUGAAAUUGCGUCUGUCGAGCACCGAAAGGUGGAUUUCUGCGUUCUCAACUCCUUGGAUUGUAAUUGGACUCUAUCUUGCUGGAAACAUUUUUCUCCUUGUUAUGCCAUAUGUUCGUCCGCCUGAUGGUAAAGGCAACACUAACCUUCCAUACUGGCUUACCUCUGUGGUUGCUCUGGCGAUAUUGUCACUAGGGAUUAUUUACUAUAUUCUCCGAUUUGUUCUUGCUCCACGGAUAUUUGGUUAUGUGUUACAGCCCGUGGCAGUGGAAUUGAGCGAUGGCUCCCAAGUUACCCGAUACAAGGUGAGCAAAUAA